GAGACCAGCAGAGCCUUCAGUGACAGCAAUAGCUCCUGGAGCUCAAAGACAAGAGGAGUAUCAACGCAAAUUAGGAAUCCUUUGAGACUUAAAGACUCUUGCGAUGCUGCCAGCAACAUUCAAGCUUUGUGCCGGAAUUUCCUACAGACACUUGCCCAACAUGACAGGUUUGAAGAGACAAGCAGCUGUAGCCAUUGUCCAGGAACUGAAGAAAGUGGCAUUUUCCAGGCCUGGGCCUACCCAAUGGAUCAACAACGUACACAGAAGGAGUUCUCUUCUAGGUUCAAGGCUGGAAGAGAACCCUUUCAGUGAUAUGGAGAUGUCCUACAUCAAGCAAGGAGAGGAGGCUAUCCAGAAGUCUCUGAAUAUUCUUGGAGAAAAAAGUGGCUGGAAAACAGAGGCAGUGAUGGGCAAUGGUGACAAAGUCUUGAGCAAAGUGUUACCUGAUGUGGGGAAGGUUUUCCAGCUUGAGGUAGUGGUUGAUCAACCCCUGGAUUGUGUCUAUGAUGAGUUAGUGGAAAAGAUGGAGCAGAUGGCAGAAUGGAAUCCGAAUAUUAAAGAAAUCAAGAUUCUUCAGAAGAUUGGCAAAGACACCGUGAUCACUCAUGAAACAUCAGCAGCAAUUCCUGGCAACGUAAUUGGUCCACGAGACUUUGUCAGCAUCCGGUGUUCCAAACGGCGUGGCUCUACAUGCCUCCUAGCUGGCAUAUCAACCACUUAUGCCACCAUGCCAGAACAAAAAGGAGUUAUCAGAGCGGAAAAUGGUCCCACAUGCAUGGUUCUUCAUCCAGUUCUAGGAAAUCCCUCACAAACCAAGUUAACCUGGCUUCUCAGCAUUGAUUUAAAGGGAUGGCUUCCAAAGACAUUGAUCAACCAAGUUCUUUCUCAAACCCAAAUGGAUUUUGCUAACCACCUCCGCAAUCGUUUGACCAAAUCUACAUCUGCACAAGCCCUCAGAUGCUAAAAAUAAAUUUUCCCUCCUGGCAAUUUUUCCUGGAUGAUGCUGACUCCAGCCACUCAUGGAUCACUGACUGAAGACUCUACCCCAGACAACUGAUGCUUCCCACUCGUUCCUGUUAAGAGGCAGACUUCUUUCCUUUAUGUUGCAUCCUUAUGUUUAAGAGCUUCCCCUUAGAAAGCGGUACACAAAGUUUGUGUUCAGGAUUCUGGCAGAAUAAGAUAUCUGGCUUAGGUAUAGCAGGCACUGGAGGUGAUACCAAGUGAUAUCAAUGAUGGCAUCAACCAUGCAGUUUGCUGGGACUCAAAAGGCUAACAAUUUCUUGAUGGGCAACAUGUUGCAUCUUAUUUCGUAUCAACUUCUAAAUUCUGAAAUAUAUAAGGCAAGAUAAACUGUAUCGAGAAGACUGCCUGAGCCUACAUGAUAGGCUACAGUAGGACACAACUAGAGUUCAAGACUAAGAGAGGAAAGAACCAGCAUCUUUGAUGAACAUAUUAGUUUCCCCUGGACAAUAAUGCACUGGCUCGCUAUACCUGGUUUAGUAUUCAGUGUGCUUGGAGUGGGUUAACCUAUCUUGGCAACUUACUGAUGUGCCAGGUUUGAUCUGUAACCUUUUAAUUUCAAAGCAACUGACAGGAACCAAGAGAUGAGAAGGAGUUUUGCAGAAGGAUUUGGAGAAUUACCGGUAUGCCAAUAAGUGGUGCUAAGUGGACAGUUAGUCUGACCUGCAGUAAGGCUGCUCCAAAAUACUUUUACAGAAAGAAGUGUCAUGUCCAGAGUGAUACCUUAGUUAAAAGAUGCUGGCCAUCACCUUCUCUUAGUCUCUUGACUCAUCCCAGUUUGGCAGAUGAUCAGCUGGGAUUGUAUCACAGCAGCCAUUUUUACAACCCCCCUAGGUGUUACAAAGAUCGCUGUCGUGUCCUUCCCUAUCAUUUACAAACUCCUGUUUCCAAGUUAGGAUGCCACUACCAAUGGAAGAUUCAGACGGAUGCCCCACCUGCUUUUUUUUUUCCCUUCUGUUUUUGACUACCAUCAUGUGGCUCCUAAAUCUUGGGAAAGGUUAAGGAUUAAUUCAAGGGUCACUAGUUCCCAUGAUACACUUAAGUAGAGUUAACUGAACUCUGCAAUAUUGGCUUUAUUAAAAGUGAAGUUUAAAUCUAACUCCACUAGUUGAUCUGGUCAACUAAUGUUCUUUUGAUGUUUUCACAGAACACUAAGCCUUCAUGGAUUCAAUUUAAGUGUGAAAUGGGAACGGAGACUAUGCAUAGUAUUAAAUUAUGGUCAAUGCCUAAUUAUGGUUGGAAAGUAGAUCUGUCUCAUCACAUCCAUCUUCUGCCUGAUUUGUUUGCUGACCUUUGAAGGCCCAAGAACCCAAUCAAUUAUUGUUUUCCACCUGUUCCUAUUUUCUUCUUUGAAGAUGGAUAAAAUGGGAAGUUCCAAAGAUUAGCAAUGAAGACAAUCCACCCAGCCUUGGCAAGUAAGGUAGAUCAGUAUUUUUUAAACUUGGCAACUUUAAGCUACGUGGACUUCAACUCCUAGAAUCUGUCAGUCAGUAUGGAGUUUGAAAAACACUGGGAUAGAUACACAUUGUUGCUAACUCUUGAUGUCAGCUCUGUCCUAGGUUUUUCAAAUGUGCUAUCUGAUUCUGUCUGAACUUUAGUAUAAAAGGAAGGGUGAAAAGUUACUUGUUUUUUCCCCAGAUCAACCAAAACCGGCAGAUAGUCCUUGUCUGAUAACGUCACUAAACACCAGAGCUGAUGGUAGCUUAAGUUUUAAAAGCCACAUAACAGUUAUGCCCUCCAAAAGUCCACAAUAAAAAGCACAGUCAGUUUCAAGGAUUUGCAACACUGCUGUUUACUUGCUAAGUAACUCUGCUUAUUCUGUCUUUAUUAUAUAUUGCAGAAGCUUUGUCUCUGCUUGCAAGGAAUCUGAAAAAAAUCUGUUCUGAACUAUUUUAGUAGCAAAGAGAAUUUUUGGGGGGGGGGGAUGUGCUACUGUUUAUUAUCAACAAUUCAAAAAUCUAAUUCAGUGUCUGUAGCAGGCAAAAUGAUAACUUUAUUUUAAUUCCUUCCAUAUGUUACCCUUCUCCCCAUUAAAUUAUCACCAGUGGGAAAUCUGAAGCCACAACAAAUAUCUACAUCAGAGAUUGGUCUUUACUCAGCUUGUUGGAGGGAAGAAAAGGAUGAAUACUAGUUAAAAUGUUAAAAACUUGUGUUUUAAGUGUUAAGGAGCAUCUAAUGCACGGGUGUCAAACUUGCCACAUCACAUUGCUGUCAUGUGACGUUUUGCAACGUUUUGCCCAUUCGCAGAGCAGGGAUGGGUGACACCAGUUUGAUCUAAUGUCACUUCAUUUGGCCUUUAACCCCAGGAGUCACUAGCAAUGUUAAAUCAAACCAGGAAGAGUUUCCCACAGCCAUCUAUAAAAUCCAGUCUGUCAAUAUUUAUUUUCCUUCCCCCUUGUUUGCAGUUAAAUUUUAUUUAAUUAUUUAUUCUAGUUAAGAUUUGUGAAGUGUUUCUGAUUCAUAGUUUUCAUGACUUCAACCAAUCAACCUAUCUUGAGAUGGAUGGAGAAUCUGAUAUACUAACACCAUAGUACAGGUAGUCCUCGACUUACAACCACAAUUUGUAAGAAUUUCAACAGUAAUUAGAAUUUCUGUUCUAAGCGAGACAUUUGUUACGGGAGUUUUGCCCCAUUUUACGACCUUUCUUGCCACCGUUGUUAACUGGAUCACUAAGUUAGUAACACGGUUGUUAAGUGAAUCUGGCUUCCCCAUUGACUUCGCUGGUGAGGUGGUUAUAAAAGGGGAUCACAUGACCCGGGACACUGCAAUUGUCAUAAAUACCAACCAGUUGCCAAACAUCCCAAUUUUGAUCAGGUGACCGUGGGGAUGUUGCAGCAGUAAGUGUGGGAAAUGAUCAUAAGUCACUUUUUUCCAGCACCGUUGUAACUUCAAAUGGUCACUAAAUGGACUGUGGUAAGUCAAGGACUACCUGUAUGCCUUUUAACGUACAUGAAAAAGUACUUUCUAUGAUCUGAGCAAUGCAAAGGUGUAGCUACAAAUUAAAAUUAGUGCUCUAACAAAGCAGCAACUCUGUGGUUAUAAUUAUGUGAAUCUACCCUGUAUGAAUAAAAAGAAAAAUGAAUAAAAUAAAGUAUGUUGUAUGUGCUUUGUUCAAAGGAGCAUCUCAUGUUAUGUAUCCAAUUAAAGUUCACUAUAAAAAUCAAAGGAAAUAGAAAAAAAGUGAUAGAACUGACAGAGAUGGCAAAGUUAACUUUUAAUUAAGGGGAAGAAUAUAUCUAGCUUUGUAUUCACUUGGAAACUGCUUCUAGACUUCCUGUUCAAAAGAGAAGAAAAUGAAACUUUGAUUUUGGAUUUCGAUGAUUCAAAUAGGUUGCCGUUAUAGAAAUAGCUAAUUAACUAUACAGAUGUAAAAGUAGUGAUUAUAACUCUACUAUAUAACUUAUUGCAUCAAAAAGUUGGAAUUCACUUUUUUUCUUUUCCUCUACAUCUUUUUUUCCUUUUUCCUUUACCCAUGUCUCCGUUAUUUUCAUUUGUAUUUAAAGUUUAAUAAAAUUAUGUCUGCCUGCCUA